AUGUCGCAAGAACUGCCACCAUCCGGGUCACCGAAGGCGAAGGGUUCCCGGUCGCCGAAAAUAAGCAGAUUUAUGAACACCUUGCGACGCUCGCCGGCGAUACUGAGGAAACGCCUGGGUUCGGGCACAAACUCACGCAAAGACGCUCAUCACGACAAAAAAAGGACUGACAAGCCAGAAAAAAACGAAGAUCCGAAAUUCUAUGUGCAAUAUCUGGGGUGUAAAGAAGUGUCCACAUUGCGUUUCCGACAGUGCAAGGACGUGGUUGAACAUUUAUUUGAGACCUCCAAAACACUGAGUGGAAAAGACGCUGUAAAAUGUAAUGUGUGUAUUAGACGAAAAUAUAUUGACAUUGAUAUCAUUGUAAGUAAAGAACACAUUCAGGUAGCUAUACAUAAUAUAGCAUACUGUGCGGCGGAUAUGAAACACCCGAAAGUAUUCGCGUUCAUUGCCAAGGACACUACCAACAGUGGACUUCUUCACUGUUAUGCAUUUUUAUGCAACAAGCCCGAAAAUGCACAGUCAAUGACACUAUGUCUUAGCAAAUCAUUCGAAUCUGCCUUUGUAGAAUGGCAAUUGGCAAAAUCUAGACACGAUUUAAAAGUCAACAGGAAGCCAGCAGCACAACACAAAGAUACCAAUAAUGAAGCUCCAAGGAGGGUUAAACAUCAUCAAGGUAAUUAA